UCGGUAUGCAGUUUCUGGAGCUCGGGGAUGGGACGAUCGACCCAACGCUACUCGGGGCACCCCUUCCACUACCUGAGCCUGAGCCCGAGCGAUCUCGGUCUCCGUCCGAGCGUCAGUCGUCUACGCUCGAGCGUACGCGGUCGCCCUCCGAGCCGGUACAGGAAGGUACGAACGGACCGAGCAGCGACGAACAGACUCUCGCUGCUACGGAAGACCCCCGCGACUCCGACUAUGAAGAGAAACCCAGUAAGGGAAAGGGCAAAGGCAAGGGGAAGGCGACGGCGAUUGGCAAAGUCAAGAUAGCGGAAGUCGAUGAUGGGGAGUACGAGGUGCCGGUGGAGGUUACGUUCUGCCACCACUGCCGACGGACUACGCCCAUACCAAAGAUGCGCUGCACGCUUCUCAAACACGAUGGGGAGCCAUGCGGGAAGAGGUUCUGUAUAAACUGUAUCGUGAAGAAGCCCUCCGUUUGGGCCAUACGCUUGACAGGUAUCCGAAAAUUCAGUUCAAUGAUUACGCCACGAUGUUCCGGUGCCCCUAUUGCGAGCAGACUUGCACUUGCACGGCGUGCUGCCAGAAGCGCGGUGAGACCUACGUGCCAAUGCCACGCUAUCAGAUCGACUACGAGACCCUCGAGCCUAUCAUUAGAGGCAAGCCGAAGGCUACACCGAAGGCAGCCAAGUCCAAACGAGAGCCACGACCGUCAACCACCAGCGCUCGACCGCGGCGCAAGUCUCCCUCACCACAGCCUCUGCCGGAGAACCACGCAGACCAGCUGACGAGCGGGUUGUUCUGGGGAUCUGUAUAUGGCAUCGACGGCGCGCGAUUGGGCGGGGCGUACAUCAAUGCGGACAAGCAGGCUGUCGUUUUGAAGCCGCUCGCCGCACUUGCGGCGGUGCCUCCGCGGGCGCCGAAGCGGCGGGUCUUUAUUGGGAAGCCUGAUCCCAGCUGGGGUGCCGGGACCCAGGGCAAGGACGUCGAAGCGGGAUAUGAACCUGUCCCGCCCUGGAGGCGCGCGUAUAUUGGCAAGCGGAGGAUACUUGCGGGAGGUUGGUCAUCUGAGUCUGAUUCGGAGGAUGUGGACGAAAAGUUCGGGAGCGACCCCUUCGACGGCCCGUUGUCGCCAGUGCCGGACGAGGCGGAUGAGGAUGUGAUGGACGCCCCGCCGGAGAUGCCCCCGGCCCACGAAUUGUCCUUCGUGAUUGCGAAGGCCCUGUUCAACACCUCCCCCUCCCCUUGGGGCAACAACGAGGUAUAGUACGUGUGGGGAGUGCUUAGACUCGUGUGAC